ACUAUCAACCCAAUACCGGAAAAGCGCCAUGAAUCGCCCAAGACAUUCCAGAUUAUCCCCGUCUUUCUCUCGAUCUCGCUCCCGCUCCCCGCGCGGGUCAAGUAAUCGACAUUUCAAUCGCCGUAGACGAGACACUCCAAAAAGCAGCCAUGCCGACUCAGCACGGCCAUCUCUACCUUUCAGCGCAAUGUCACUAUCAAAGCGCGACUUAGCGCACUACGAACCGAUGUUCGCAAUGUACUUAGAUAUCCAGAAAGGUAUCGAUUUGGCGGAACUCAGUGAGCGGGAAACCAAAGGAAGAUGGAAGAGUUUCAUUGGCAAAUGGAACCGUGGAGAACUCGCAGAAGGGUGGUACGAUCCUAAGACCUUUGAGAAAGCUCGAGACAGCGCCUUCAGCAGAGGCUCAGUUAACGCCCGUAGCGCUGUGGGUCUUUCAGGACGGCAAUCCUCAUCCUAUAAUGAAUACAGUGGGAGGAAUCGCUCAGCUACACGAAGGGAUGCUAGGGGCUCUUUACCAUACGAUCAUGCAAGGGCUACCCAGAUAUCAGAACAGCUGGGCCCCACAGACAAAACUUCAGAAGGCUCCGGAGAGGAAGAAGAGGAAGAGGAGGGGUCCUACGGUCCUCAAGUACCUAUCGAGAAUGCUGCCUUAUCAGUAAACCGUGAUGAUGUACGACGUGUUGAUAAAUCCGGCCCUAAAGUUCCUACCAUGCAAGACCUUCAACUUCGUCGAGAGGACCAACUCUCUUCCGCCCAAGAAGCCUGUGAAGAAGCCCGCAUUUCCCACAAACACUCCCUAAAAUCGCACAAAUCCGAACUCCGCCGGUUCGAAGACGAAAUUGCUCCGCGCGCCGAACCAGGGACCCACGAACGCCGUGUGGAAAAACGCCGCGAGGCAGCAUUCGCCAAUCGAGAAUUUGCGGAAUCCCGUCGAGGCACAUCUCCCGGUGAAGCACCAGAUGCAGAGCUAAUGGGUGGCGCGAGUGACCUGGAGAUGUUGAAGCGCGAGCGUGAAAAAGAAAUGCGGAAGAAGAAUGAAAGAGAGAUCAGAAAGGAAGAGAUUCUGCGGGCACGAGCAGCAGAACGUGAAGAGAGACUCAAAUCCUAUCGAAAGAAAGAAGAAGAGACCAUGACGUAUCUUCGUGCUCUUGCGAAAGAGAAGUUCGGAUGAUUGUGUUAAUAUCAUUCUAGUGAUUUAAGAC